AGCAGCCUCCGUUGUUUUCCUGCUCUCUGCCCAGCAGACUCUGGAGGAAUGGUCGCGUUAGCCGGUUAGCUCUUCAGGCAGCAGCUGUAGGAUUUACGUUAUUUGGCUUUCGGUUGUUCUGUUACAAUAAUGAAUUUACUACCGACUAAUCCUCAUGGAAAUGGGCUCCUUUAUGCUGGAUUUAACCAGGAUAAUGGGUGCUUUGCCUGUGGAAUGGAGAACGGGUUCCGUGUUUACAACACAGAUCCUCUCAAGGAGAAGGAGAAACAAGAGUUCCUGGAGGGCGGGGUCGGCCACGUGGAGAUGCUGUUCAGGUGUAACUAUUUAGCUCUAGUGGGAGGAGGAAAGAAGCCAAAGUACCCAACCAACAAAGUGAUGAUCUGGGAUGACCUGAAGAAGAAGACGGUAAUUGAGAUUGAGUUCUCAACAGAAGUCAAAGCGGUGAAGCUUCGGCGUGACAGGAUUGUGGUUGUCCUGGACUCGAUGAUCAAAGUCUUCACCUUUACCCACAACCCCCAUCAGCUGCAUGUGUUUGAGACCUGCUAUAACCCCAAAGGUCUGUGCGUGCUGUGUCCCAACAGCAACAACUCCCUGUUGGCGUUCCCCGGGACUCAUUCGGGCCACGUGCAGAUAGUGGACCUGGCCAACACGGAGAAGCCCCCAGUCGAUAUCCCCGCCCACGAGGGGGCGCUGUGCUGCAUUGCUCUCAAUCUGCAGGGCACGAGGAUAGCUACGGCGUCAGAGAAAGGGACCCUCAUUAGAAUUUUCGACACAUCCGCGGGUCAGCUCAUACAGGAGCUCAGACGAGGCUCUCAGGCAGCUAGCAUCUAUUGCAUUAAUUUCAACCAGGACGCGUCCCUCAUCUGCGUGUCCAGUGACCACGGCACAGUGCACAUCUUUGCUGCAGAGGACCCGAAAAGGAACAAACAGUCGAGUUUGGCAUCAGCCAGCUUUCUUCCCAAAUACUUCAGCUCCAAGUGGAGCUUCUCCAAGUUCCAGGUCCCGUCGGGCUCUCCCUGUGUGUGUGCCUUCGGGACGGAGCCCAAUGCCGUCAUCGCCAUUUGUGCUGACGGCAGCUACUACAAGUUCCUCUUCAACCAGAAAGGGGAGUGUGCCAGGGAUGUGUACGCCCAGUUCCUGGAGAUGACCGAUGAGAAAAUAUGACCUUUGAUCCACCUGGAGACUUGACACGCCUGUUUUUUUUUUUUUUGUUUGUUUUCUUUUUUUUUUUUUUACAUUUUUUAUUAUUUUUGAGAAGAGGUCCCACACUGCACUUCUCCUUAUCGUGACAGACUCUGUAAAGAGCAUCAGAUGACGGGAGCAGAGACUUAAUCAACGGAUGGAAGCACCAAAAGGACGCAGACUUCUGUCUCUCUCAGACUCCUGAGGAUGGUCUCUGAACAGAGGGACUCGGCUUGUCCCCCAAACCAAACACUAGAGAGAAGAGCGAAAGUUCUUUCUUUGAAUGGACAGCGUGCCGCUUUUUAAGACGUCUUCCGAGGAAUUUACAAAGGCUGGUUAUUUUUAAUCACACGGAUGAUUCUGAUAGUUAGACGGAUUGAAACUAUUGAGAUUUUUGUCGACUAACACCACCUAACCGAACCGUAGGGAGUGCCUCGAGACUGGAGAUAAACUGUAUGUGUGCACAUAUUAUUGUUGUCAUAUGCGUGUGUUUGUGUAUAUGCCUAUGUACCAUAUUAGUUGUUCGCAGAGGAGAAUCCGAAUGGUCCUGCGCUGUGAAGCCUCACCUUAGUAUUACUAGAUUUUCUUAUAUUCACUGUAUAAACACAAUGCGCCAGACUGAACUUCUAAUUCAAAACAACUGUACAGAAUAGUAGCAGGAAAAAAAUUAACACAUAUUUUUGUUUGCCUCGUCCUUUUUUUUUUUUUUUUUUUUUUUUUUUCUUUCAUACAUUGUGCAAUAUGUUUUCCCUAAUUGCUUUUUUGUUAAGAGCUUGUGAAAGUUGACUGUUGUUUUUACCUGAACUAAAAAAAAAAAAAGCUUAAAGAAAUAGUUUGACACUUAUUGGGAGAUGAUUAACUUUGUUGCUGAGAGUUGGAUGAGAACAUUGACACAGCGCUGUACGCUGAAUAUGAAGCUGCAACCAGAAGCUGGUUAUGUUAUGUUAGCUUAGCAUAAAGACUGGAAGCAGCUCAUCUGGCUCUGUCUGUCUCUAACAAAGGAUAUACUAACCGGCACCUCUAAAUCUUACUUACUGUCUUUUUUGGUUAAUCCUGAAAAGUUGUGGCACUACAGCGAUUAUAAGCCUGUUGUUUGGCUGUAGAGCAGUGACAUCCUAAAGUUUAGUUUUCACGCUUUUUUUUUUUUUUUUUUUUUUUUAAAGGAGAUGUGUGUUAAUUGGACAGAGCCAGGCUAACCCCAUGUUUCUGGUCUUUAUGCUAAGCUAACCGACUGCUAGCUUUAGCUUCAUAUUUAGAGUGCUAUUGAUCUUCCCAUGCAGCUCAGCAAGAACGCCAAUGAGCUCAUUUCCCAAAGUGUCUCUCUAUUUCUUUAAGAGUUUGUGAAAGUGUUCCAUCUUAAACCAUCAAAACCUGAUCUAUUGGCUGAGAUCCAACUGUGAAAAUCAGAAUAUUUUUGAACUUGGUUGAAGACCUUCAUGUUUAAUGGUGAUCCAUUAUUAAAUCUCCUGAAUGGUGAUUGGUUGCUUCUCGUUGGCCAGUGUGGCUCUCCAGUCACAGCGAUAUUUGUUUAAAUCCUGACAACGCGUGUUCCCACUUGUGUCCGUGUAUCUCCGUAAAGUGCUUGACCACGCCCCCUAACGGCGUUGAUAAAAUCAAACGAUGCUAAUCAGGGACUCUGAAGUGCUUUGUUGAAGCCUGUGGCCAUAAACAGGAGAUCCGCUCAGUGUGGAGCCACCACAAUGGAACUGUGUUAAUGUAGAAUCACUUUUCUUUCCAUUUGUCACGGUGAUUGACAGAUUUGUUGGUGAUUCGGUGCAAAAAAUUUUGGUUUGUGUUGCUUUCGGCAUCAGAUUGUACAAUUGCCACGUGGUGGUUACCGACCACAGUGGUGAUGCUGCACAAACUGAAAAGCCAACUUGUGUCUGACACACUCGGAAUGAUUGUAAAAACCUGCGUUUAAAUUUGUGAAUAAAAUUUAACAUCUGCUUUUA